AUCGCUGGUUAUUUUCCAAUAUGGCGUUAUGGUGUUUUGGAUUGUGUUUGUGAAUUAAGUCUGGCUAUUUGUAGUACGUUGUUAAUGUAUAAUUUUGUAUAAAAGAAAGCGAUUUUAUGGAUACUGACUGAAACAUCAGUCAACCCACAGCUAGUCGCAUACUGAAAGAUCUGGUUGAUUAGCAAUCAUGUCUCAAUUUGGAGCUGCAAGUAAAAAUCCCCCGUGGGUUCGCUCUGCAGGGGAGGUGUGGCUGGGGGCGGGGCAGGGCGUGGCCAUGGGGCAGUCCCAGGCCGCGACGCCACAGCAGCAGCAGCAGCAGCAGCAGCAGCAACAGCAGCAGCAGCAGCCGCAGCAGCAGAUGAUGGGGCAGAUGGCGACCAAUCACGGCAUGGUGCAGUACCAGCAGGCCCAGCCCGCCGUCUUCCAGACCUCCCUGGGCAUGCAGCAGGCCGGUAUGGCGAUGAACUCCCUGGCGGCCAUGGGGAACACCGGCAUGCCGGCUGCGCUCGGCCCGACGCAGAUGUUCCAGCAGAUGGGGACGGUCAGCUACCCGGCGCCGCGGGCUCUGAACCCGGCCGCCUUCGCCGCGACGGCCGUUAACGCGGCCGCCGCCCCCCCUCAGGCCGCCGCCGGCGCCUCGGCGAAGCAGCGCGUAUUCACCGGCAUCGUCACCAAGGUCCACGACAACUUCGGCUUCGUCGACGAGGACGUCUUCUUCCAGACAAGCUGCUGUGUGAAGGGCUCGAACCCGCAAGUGGGCGACCGCGUGCUGGUGGAGGCGUCCUUCAACUCCAACAUGCCGUUCAAGUGGAACGCAACCCGCAUUCAGGUGCUGCCCACGUCCACCGGGGUCUCCGCCCCCGCGUCGAUGCCCCGCCCGGGCCCCCACCCCCUCCAGCAGCAUCAGCAGCAUCACCAGCAUCAGCACCAGGGGGGCAUGAAAGGGUUCGGCAUGCCACAGCAGGCCGCCUACAACGCCGUCCCCCCGCCGGGGGAGAACUCUGCCCCGGCGCGAAACAUGCAGCGCAAGCCCCUGGGGCGCCGGGGCCGGUCCCGGGACCACGGCGGCCGGAACAACAACAACAGCAACAACAACAGCAACAACAUGAACAUGAACGUCAACAGCGACGAGGAGGAGGUCGAGAGGAAGAGGCGGCGUGACGAGAGGAUGAAAGAACGAGAGGAUAAAGAAAAGGACAAACCUGUCGCACAAGCUCAGAACCGCAGCAAGAGCCCGAGAGUGAGACCUGCACGACGUACCCGUGUCGCCCCUCGUUACAUGGUCCAGAUACCCAAGAUUGCUCUCGACUUGCCGGAGGCGGACGUGCUGGAGCUGAGGAGGCGCUACAGCAACCUGUACAUCCCGUCCGACUUCUUCUCGACCAGCUUCCGCUGGGUGGACGCGUUCCCCCCGCACACCCCUUUCUCCCUGGACCGCCCGUGCAGCUUCCACGUGAUGCACAAGGACGUGGACCCCGUGGUCGAGAACCCGGCCGUGCUGGAGCCGCCGGACGCGGAUUACCUCUUCUCCGCCAAGGUGAUGCUGAUGAGCAUGCCCGCGAUGGAGGAGAUCUGGCGCAAGUGCUGCUCCCUGGGGGAGGACAACAAGGAGAAGGAGCGCGACCCCGAGGAUGGCCGCGACUUCGUGCACCCCGCCCGGCUGGUGAACUUCCUGGUGGGCCUGCGCGGCAAGAACGAGACGAUGGCCGUGGGCGGCCCGUGGAGCCCGUCGGCCGACGGGCCCGACCCCGACAGGGACCCCUCGGUGCUGAUCAGGACGGCCGUGCGCACGUGCCGCGCCCUCACCGGCGUCGACCUGUCGCCGUGCACGCAGUGGUACCGGUUCCUGGAGAUAUACUACCGGCGCGGGGAGACGACGCACAAGGGGCGCGCGGUGCCGGCGCGGGUUGAAACGGUCGUGCUAUUUCUCCCAGAUGUUUGGAGUUGUGUGCCGACGCGGCUGGAGUGGGACGGACUGCAGCUCAACUGCACCAAGCAGCUGGAGCGGAAGCUGCGGGCGGAGCAAGACGAGGCGGCCGGGAUCAAGUCGGAGGAAAAGGAUGGUGAUGAAAAUGCUGAGAAGAAAGACCCAACACAUUUUUCGCUGUUGGAUCCAAAAACAAUGAAGGUGAACGACCUGCGGCAGGAGCUGGAGGCGCGGGCUCUCGGCUCCAAAGGGCUCAAGUCCCAGCUGAUAGCGCGCCUCGCCAAGGCGCUCAAGACGGAGUCUGACAAGGAGGAGGAGGAGCGCGAACGCAAGGCCGCGGAGCCGGCGCCCCCGCCCAAGCCCGUGCCCAAGGAGGAGAAGCGGGAGGAUGAAGAGAAGCGAAAACAGGAAGAGAAGGAAAGGCAGUUGAAGGAGAAACGGUACAUGUUGCCGGAGACCCCUCAUAUUUUGGUCCACCCUUCACGGACUGCCAAGUCGGGGAAGUUCGACUGCACCAUCAUGUCCCUUUCUGUGUUGCUCGACUACCGUCCGGAAGACACCAAGGAACACUCAUUUGAAGUCUCCCUGUUUGCUGAGCUGUUCAACGAAAUGUUGAUGAGAGACUUUGGCUUUAGGAUAUACCGGGCCCUACAUGAUGCUCCUGAAAAGCCUAAAGAAGAGGAAAAGGACCACAAAAAGGAUAAGAAGGAUGAUAAAGAUCGCAAGGAAAAGAAAGAUGAUCGUAAAAAUGGCAAGAAAGAUGAUAAAGACCACAAGGACAAGAAGGAUGAUGGCAAGAGUAAAUCAGAUAAGGAAGAUGAGGAGGAUGAAGACGAAGACGAUGAUGAUGACUCAAAGGACAGCAAGAAGGAUAAGGACAAAAAGCAGGACAAAGACAAGAAGAAAAAGGAGCGAGGGAAGGCUGUGACUGACGACCCAAAUCUGCUGCUGUCGUUCGUGUAUUUUGACCAGACCCACUGUGGUUAUAUUCUGGACAAGGACAUUGAGGAGCUGCUGUUUAUCCUGGGUCUGAACUUGUCCCGGGCUCAGGUGCGCAAGCUGGUGCAGAAGGUGGUGACGAGGGACUCCCUGCACUACCGCAAGCUGACGGACAAGGUGAAGAAGGACGAGGAGGACGAAGAGCCGGACAAGGCGGAGAAGAAGCCCGCCGCGGGAGCGGAGCUGGCGUCCCUCGCGUUCGGUAACAAGCAUCUGCUGCCAGUUUUCUGCACUGGCGGUCCAGGGUCGUCCCCGCCAUCCAAGCGGGCCAGGAAGGCAAACGAUGGGGCGGGUGACGCUUCCUCCAUGCCUGAUGGGUACGUGAUGUACCGCGGCAGCCUGCUGCACGUGGAGAAGCUGAUGCAGCAGCUCAAGCGCAGCGAGCGGGCCCGCCUCGACACGGAGGCCGAGAUGCUGGCAGCGAAGGACGAGCUGUCCGAGUCGCGGGACCGGGCCGGCCAGCUGUCCGCCGAGGUGCGCGAGCUGUCCGCGGAGCUGGACGGCACCAAGGCCACGCUCGACGCCACCGGCAAGGAGCUGGCCAGCGUCACCGCGAGCUGCGACUCGUACUACGAGGCGCUGCGGGAGAUCGGCGACAAGGUGAGGCCGCUGCUGGCGAGGAAGACCGGAGCGCAGCCGAGGAGCUCGGGGAAGUGGGAGGGGUCUCGCUGGCACGACGCAGACGAGCCGUGGCCCGGCGUCCCGCCAGCCGAGACCGCAGUCGCCGAGCCGACCGUCAAGGAAGAGCAGCCCGAGGCGGAGCCGGCCGAAGCUGACGGCAAGGAAGGGGCGUCGGAGGGAGCCCGGGACGAGAAUGACGGGACGGUCCAGCAGGAAGGCGAGAAAAGGACUGCGUCGCCCGGGAAGCAAUCUGACGCCGCGACGAGCAAGCCCAAGAGCCCGGAGGUCGAGAUGGAGACGGACUGAUGGCGCGAAUUAGCGAGGCGAUCCGAACUGCUGGUGCCGGCGUGACUCCUGAUGUGUAGAGUGUGCGUGGCACCGAAACCUUCUCUUCACUCCGGAUAAUUUAUUAUUUUGAAUUACAUCGCGUGAUCAGGAGCAUUAUUUAAAAAUUUAAUUAAUUUACAUGUACAAUUGCUAACUGUAAGGGAAAUAAUGUCAUUCUUUGUCAAGUAGAGUGUAAAAAUAAUGUAGGUUACGUGAUGUUAUUAAAUGUGGAGCGUUUUUUGACGGGUUAACAUUUAAUUUCACAAGAGUUCUGUAAGCCUUUGUCUAGCCGAUUGCAGAGACCAAUUUGUUUUAUGGAAUGACUUGCAUGAAAAGAAUGUGGAAAUACUUUAAGAAAGUUUUCAGAUUUUGUAAGUAAUGCCUACUUGUAUUGAUUCACCGAAACCUUGACUCAUAUUCUGAAGAAAAAAAAAAUAGCCAUUUUUAAGUGAACAUUUGUAAUUUAUCAGCCCAAGUAAAUGAUGUAAUAAUGUCCUUGCACCGAAAAACCAUGAUGUAACUGUAAUUUUAGUUUCUAGAUACUAUUUAAAAUUGCUAACGAAACAUAUCAUCAGUGUUUCAGUAUAACAUGAACUAUUUUUGGCAUUAAUAGUGUUUUGCAAAUCCUAUUUCAUAAAUAUAACUCGUAUAUGUAACUUUUUCUCAAAUUAUUUGUGCACAAUUAACAAAUGUUACAAAACUCUUAAUUAUUCUUGUAUUUGAAGUUUUUUUUAAGUACAUUAUUUGUGAAACACAACACAUAAAAAAAAAACUUUUAAUCUCUUAUUAACAAGAUAUUAUUGCCACAAACAAAAUUUUUCUUUAAACUUAAAAACUCCUUGUAUCAAAAUUUUGAACCCAGGAUCAGAAAUGAAUGAAAUGACAGUUAUUAGUUAAGAAGUGUAAACUGUACAAAAUUUGUAUGUUUAAAGCAAAGGAAAUGGAUAUUGUACCUAACUGUAUUUAUUGUUUUAAGCAUGCAGGUUUUUAUUAUUAUUUUUAAUAAGUUUAUUCUGUUGUACGAGAGUCAUGGUAUAAAAUUAAAUUUGUAAACAGAA